UCUCUCUCUUAAGAAACCUCAGCUAAAACAUUUUCGUUUCUCUCUCUACUCUUUUUCUCCUCCAUUUCCAGACCUAAAAGCGGUUUUUGGGAAGUGGCCGUGGAGGGAAACAUUUCUAGGUGACGAGGGCUGUUUUGAUCUGACAAAUCUGAGUUUCCGGGAAGUGGUUUGGACAUGGAGACAAAUAACAACACAGUGGAAGAAAAUCCUCCACCCAAGUCUUCAGCACCUCUUAUUCCAAUCAGUUCAAUUUAUAUAGAACUACCACCAGCUCCAGUGGUGGUUAGGCAGCCCGGAAAUUGUCAUGACAACUUUUGUUUACGUGAGUAUGUACUUGAAAAGAGGAGCACUAAUCCCAGUGGUUCCGGGCUGUUUUCACCGGAUGACCCCAUCGGUUCCAUGGAACAACUUCCACCGAUGGAGGUCCCGAGAUUUAGAUUUUGGCGCUGCACAGAUUGUGUUAGUGAAUUCGAGAGCACUACUGCUAAAGUGCUCCAGGAGACACAGGAAGGUGCUGCAACACUAAAUACUGAGGGCAUUCAAGCUGUUGAUGCGAACGUUUGCUUGAAUGCAAAUACAGUAGAAGGUUCGUUAUCACUAGCUAGAAUGGAUGAGAUGGGUGCUGUAGAUGAUAAAAAUGAGACAAAUGAACCAGUGGAGGAUGCAGCUGAAACUAAUAUAAAUGGAGUAGCUGUUGAGACAAGAGAAGAUACUCCUAGUGGUCAUGUCAAUGUACCAGCACAAGAAGUUACUGCUGAUGCCAAUAUCAGUGCUCCAAGUGAGCUGCACGAAUCUGCUGAUCAGAAUGCUCGUGACACACGUAACACUGCACCAGCUGAUCCUGAAAGUGAACAGUGCCGGGACCAUGAAAAUGCAACUGGUAUGCCGCGUAAAAAAGUUAGAAAGGUCCGGUUGUUGACGGACCUUCUGGGUGAAAAGAGCAGUUCAAGAUGUGGUGCAAGAGAAGCUGUGCCACUUGAACCUUCUCGGCCAGAGAACACCGGGUCUGAGGGUCAGAUUAAUCCCAGCAAAGACAUUCAUAGCAGUGUCCGUAGUCCUCUCAGAAAAACUAAGCCUGUUGGGGAAGAAGACGAGAGAAAUGAUCCCACCAACGUGGCAGUAAACACUAAGGCUCCCAGGAGAGAUACUGGGAAAGCCAUUAUGAUGGUGGAAGCCCGUGACUCAGAAGAGGAAGUGAAUGCCUGUGGUGGAGAAGGAUUAUUCAUUGGAACAAAGAGCGAACGGUUGAGGCACAGACGCAGCAGCACAACUCCUGCACUUGGUAGGCAAAAUAGCAAGCAGCCUCAAGUACUUGAUUGUGGUACCAUUCCAUCUUUGACAAGACGAGUACAGGCUCCUUCAGAAGCUGGGAAUUUUGGGAAUCUCCAGUCUGCUGAACAAAGAGAGCACAGUCAUGUUGAUUUGGUAUCUGGAGGGUUAAAUCCACUACUAUCUCUCAACAAUGCUGCUGAAGGACUUGAUCUUUCUCUCGACAUUUUUGCUAAGAAAGCUAUCAAUCAAAGCAGUGAGGGUGUUAGGAAGGCUGGGAUGCUUUUUGGGAAACCUCUUACACCGAAUCAGUCUGAUGGAUAUCAGAGAAGAAGUCCCCAGUUUGAUCUCAAUGAGAGAGCUUCACAUAAGGAAAUGGAUUUUCUCCAGCUGGGUUUCAAUGGAAAAAGCUCUGGAGUUCCAGGAAAUUUGAAAGAAAGUGAUCACAAGGCAGAUGAUAUCCCCAUGGACAUCGUUGAGCUGCUGGCGAAGCAGCAGUAUGAAAGGAGGAAUGGAGAUGCAGGAGCAAGUUCUGGACCUUCUGGUGCUCAUGUGACCAGCAACACAGCAAGGGGGUUUCUUGAGGUAGGCGAGAUAAGGACUGUGGGGCAGUUCGUAAAGGAAUUUCCCAACUUCCCUAGCUUCCGAGGUGUUAACUCGCGAAGUGGGAUUUCUACAGCAAGCAAUUACAUAGGGUCUGCUAAGGGAAACUCCACUAAUUUCUCGCACAUGGGAAGAAACAAUUUCAAAUUGUUCCAAGGAGGGGAAAAUCAACUCAACAGCAUUUUCACGGCUUUCGCACAUAACCAGCACAAACAAUAUGGCGGAGUUCAAGUUCCUGCUACUACUUCCGUGAGGCCUGAUUUGCCGUGCAGUGAACCUGUGGACCCUUUAUUGUUAUCAGGACCUACCAAAUUGUCUUUUGAACUUGGGGUGCAACAGAAGCUUCCUGGUGAGCAACAUAAAGGCAAAACUAUCAGCGACAUCAAGGCAGAUGAGCUUAAAAGAACUGAGGAAGCUAGGCUAAUGUUAUCUAAACCAGGAGAUACCAUUGUUAGCUCAAAAGAAAGGGGCCCACUAGAUGCCUAUGCUAAUGAUAGCAUUCCAGCAAUGCAGCUACUAAGUCUCAUGGAUGGGCGGCCAUCAGGAGCUACUUUCAAUUUGGGCUCAAGCAAGAUCGUGGACAAGCCAUUUGCUCCCUGCAGUUAUCACCCCAGGUUCAGCACAAAUGAGAGACAGGAUUUCCUGAACCGGUCCUUCCUUUCAAGCCCAAGUCACCCAAAGGAAACUUCUGGCCUCAGGAUUUCUUAUUCUGAUAUCUACCAAAGAUCGAGGCCGCUUCCAGCUGUUUUACCUGGUCAAAUAUCUUUCAAAACUCCAGAACAAGAGAAGCCAAGGGAGAAAUCAAAAAAGAGUGGGUCUGGCACUGGUUUUGGUCCGAGCUCUUCUCGUGGCAAGGACAAGCAAACAGCAACUCUUCAUGCUUCAGAUUCGAUUGUGCAUCCUCAGAAGCAUCACAGACUUGAAGGUCCACGGAGGUUCAACUUGGAGGCCUCUGGUAUAACGGGAGGAGUUGGGCGAGCAAAUGGCGUGUCAUCAGAGGGGGAAUGUGGUUGGAACAGAAAUCCUGCUGAUUUUAGCUUGCCUGUAGCAGGAAAUGAAUACACAAUCUGUGCAAGGGAUCUGAAAUUUCGGAAGAGGAAUGCAUCAAGGGAGAAGCGUUCAAGCGUUAAAGCUAAUGGUGCAAAGAGGCAGAGGAAGGCCAAGUCUGGGACUGAGCCUCAAUAGAGUUAUGCCUCUUAGGGUUGCAAAUUAUUCUGCAGCAGCACCAGAUGUGUCAUAUGGAAAGCAGAAAUUCAUGGUUGAAUUCUCAUUCAUAUUUAUACCUUAGAACACAGAAGUUUUUGGAUUUUGAAUUUUCAGCAAAUUUUGCUGGAUUUUAGUGAUUAUCAAAUAAGACAGUCAAAUUAUGUCAAUGUUUUAAGAAAAUAACUGUCUUGGUUACAUCAUACAAGUUUAACCUGAUUAGGACCUGGAUAUCU